GGGCUGGAGGAUUCCCAGCAGGAUGUGCUCUGCUCCUCACCGAGAGGUGCUCGGGGCUGGGAACAGCUCUGCAAAUCCAAUCCUGCUCCAACAAGCUUGGGAGGACCUGAAGUAAACACAGCUCCUUUCCUGCCUGCCUGCUCUCGGCACAGCUUUUCCUGCCGUGUCUCCUUGCACAGCACCAGGGGGGGCUUUUCCCGUAGGAAUUUUUAUUUCCAGGCAACAUCGAGGGGGUCAGAGGAGGCUCAGCCCCUUCCCUGUGUCCCCCGGAGUCCUUGUGUGGGCAGUGCCAGCCCUGACACAGAGGUUGUUUUGCACAGCAGGGAUCCAGACUUUGGCAGCAUCAUGGCCACGGCUGUCACCGAGAAGCUCUCCCGCCUCUUCCUGAACGUGCGGCAGAUCCCUCACCUGCUGGGUCCCCUCUCCCCUUCCACUGUCAGCAGCUCAGAGGUGCCAAGGAUUUUCUGGAAGCCCUACAUCGACACAGGCUACCGACCCGUGCAGCAGACCUGGUGCUAUUACUUCUCCACACUCUUCCAGCAGCACAACGAAGCCAUCAACGUCUGGACCCACCUGGUGGCCGCGCUCAUCCUGCUUCUGCGCUUCCAGCAGCUCUCCCAGCGGGUGGAUUUUGGGCAGGACCAGCACGCCCAACCCCUCCUCAUCAUCAUCGUGGCCUCCAUCACCUACCUGACCUUCAGCACUCUUGCUCACCUCCUCCAGGCCAAAUCUGAGUUCUGGCACUACAGCUUCUUCUUCAUGGACUACGUGGGGGUGGCUGUUUACCAGUACGGCAGCGCCCUGGGGCACUACUACUACACCAUCGAGCCCAGCUGGCACGAGAAGAUCAAGGGGUUUUACAUGCCAGCAGCUGUCUUCUUAGCCUGGCUGUCCUGUGCUGGUUCCUGCUACGCCAAGUACCGGUACCACCAGUCCACUCACCUUCUGGGUCGGCUCUGCCAGGAGCUGCCCUCAGGCCUGGCCUACGUGCUGGACAUCAGCCCCGUGGUCCAUCGCAUCUCCACCGCGCCGCCCUCCGCGCAGGCCGACCCGGCCCUUCUCUAUCACAAAUGCCAAGUGGUUUUUUUCUUGAUUGGUGCCUUUUUUUUCUCGCAGCCUUACCCCGAGAAGUGGUUCCCUGGGAAAUGUCACUUUUUUGGGCAGAGCCAUCAGAUUUUCCAUGUCUGCCUGGUGCUCUGCACGCUGGCACAGAUCGAGGCGGUGGUGUUGGACUACGAGUCCCGGCGACAGAUCUACUCUGCUCUUCAGGGUGAUCUGGCACACAACUUCUCUGCCUUGUGCCUCUUCACCGUGACCUGCUCUGUCCUCACAGCUGUUUAUAUGGCCCAGAAGGUGAAGAACACGCUGAGCUUCAAAGAAGAGUGAGAGCCUCAAAGGGCAAGCAGGUGAGCUCACCCAAAGGGUCACUCUGCAGCCAGAUGUGGUGUUGCUGGUGUGGAUCCGGCCACAAACCUUGAGGGGAAGGGGAGUGAAAAGCUUUGCAAGGUGUUACACAGCAGCACUCUGCCGGGAGAGGAAAGCAAGAGCUGCUUUUUUAUGCUUUUAAAAUUCAGAAUAUAGUUCCAGCUUGCUCUAAAAAUGGGACACUG